AUGCUUGUUAUUCAUUCGCAAGUCUUACAACCAGUAAGUAAUCAGUACAAUAUCAUUGAGAAAAUAAAAGAAGCCAAUCAAGAGUUGUAUAACGGUCAACUCAUUCAACGACAAUCACAACCAAAGGUGAGAUUUCGUGAUAAUAAAUUAGUUGAUUUCGAACCAGAAGAUGUAAUGGAGGUGAAGCAAUCAGAUCCUAAUCGAAAGGAAGAUAUUGAAUCAGAUGAUGACGAAUGCAUAGACGAUGAGACUCUUAACAUUACACCAAUUGAAGAAAAUAUCGUAGAUGAGACGACAAUUGAAAUCGAAGACAUUUGUGAAAGAAUUGAUGCGAAUGAAAUUGAAGAGCUUGAAGUUGUUGAAAGUGAUUUGAACAAAGAUUUUAACGAUGAGGAUAACAUCAGCGAUAAAGAUGAAGAAACACAUCUCGAUGUUCCCAGCAGUGAAUCGCAAAAAGAAAUAAAAUGCAAAGUCGAUAAGCCAAAGAAGAAAAUCUUUCGUCCUACAAAAGUCAAUCCGAUUGAAGAGCAAAUCGUCUGUGACGAUCAAAAUGGCAACACCAGUAGUGGAAAGACGUGUUGUCAAUAUAAAAAAACCGAUGAGUAUAAACAAAAAUUACCAAAAUAUAAUGGAUUUAAAUCCAACUAUGGACUUUCGAAGGAAGAGAUCGAGAAGCGAAAGUAUAUCCAGCUUAGGCAGCAACAACAACAGCAAUUCAAGGAACUUCAAAAGAUGGAGCAAAAAGAGCUUUUGGCGAGGGUUAAUGAAGAGGCUUUCGCAAAAUGGCUUUAUAAAAAGAUGCGUAAUCCUAUAAAGAAAUCAACACCGGUAAAUAUGUUUGAUGUUAAAUUGUCAGUAAGGAAAAGAAAACCACAAUGACGAAGAAGCAAUUCGAUUCGAAGUGAAGUGGAAAACACGCAACUUAUACUUGAUGUGGGUGCGAAUUGAAGAAUCGUUAAAAAUAUUUGAAUCUGAAG